AGAGGGUAAUUUUCGAGCAAUUUUCAUUACCUAAAACAUGUUUUACAAGUUUAUCCAAACAUUUGCUGGUGAAAAAAAACGCCCACACACACAAAAGCAACAGAUGGAACAAUUCGACGUUUUGCUUCACAAGCAUCAAGUGCAGGCUGCGUCCAAUCAAUGGAAAAUUCUCCUCUUAACAACUUUAACUUUGAACAAAUUUGCAACCAAAUAAAUACCUACAUACGUAGCAUGGUAGGUAAUAUGUACGCAUGUACCUGAAACCUAGCUACCUAGACCUACUGUCACAUAAUGUUAAAUACGAUCACUCGAGUACAUUUGUAUAAUGUUUAAAAACAGUACGAAUGCAAGCCGUACAAAAUGGGUACGUGUAUUUCGACGUUAAGUCGGUCGUUUAGUACACUGCAUUAUCGUUGUUGUAAAAAAAUGAGUUGUUUCUUCGCGGUGGCGGUUGUGCCAUGGAUGUUGUGCGCCGUCAUGAGCCAGGCUUAUCCAAUGGCAGUUACACCCGGCACACAAGGCCAAACCCAAUCAACACCUGCUCCAGAGACACUUCCUGCUCAACCGCACGAAUCUUCUCCCAAAUUGAAUCCAUCUCCUACAGAGGGCCAAACCGUAUCAGCAUCAGCGCCAGUAAACGUAAACGUGAUAGUACGACCUGAACACGGACACUGUCCACCAAACACUGUAGCAGUACCUUGUCCACACCAGUGUCAAUGUAAAUGUCCAGUAAACGACGAAAACAAACCAACUGGCGAGAAUACCGAAACGGAUCAAAAGAAGAAAACCGGAGUAUGGCACGGGUUGAAAAAACUAGCUUUACUUUGCGCUAAUACCCUAUAUGAGGCUAUCGCAGGAGAAAAUGGUAUCUUGACUAAUUUACCCGAUAAAGUAGCCUGCGGUCCGCCACCACCACCAAAAAAACCACCGAAGAAAAAACAAAAUAAAAACAGCGGAGACGUAAGAGCCUGUUGUAUUUUCGGCUCAGCUGGACCUGCGGUACUAGGUGAUGAAAGUGAGGAAGAAGAGGAACCAGCAAAAAAUACAAAAACACUCCAACUUCCGCCGGUCACUCUCUCUUACAUCCAUAAUCAAAUUAGUGCGCUCGGUCAGCCUGCUCCUGCUGCUGCUCAAGUUCCUGCUGUUAAAGGUCCGAAGCACAAAACAACUAAUGUUCACUUCAACGGAUGCUGCAUUGGUAAACGAUUGUUCAAUUUUUCGAAACUUUUCAAAUGGAAAUUCAUACCUCAAAUCAACAUUUGCGCUGGCGCCGCCAACGUAAACGUAGUGGAAAUAAAUUAAGGUGGUUGGAAAAAAAUGUACAUUAUUUUUUUGUUUAGCGUACUUAGAGUCUCGGAACAUCUAGAUCAUGAACCAAUCCAACAUUAUCAAGUUAGAAAAUUACAUUCUAAUUAUAAAUGUUUUGAAUAAAUUUUCCAAUUAUCGCCAAGGCAUAUAAUGUAUGUACUUGAAUUAUGAACGUUCAAAGGACGGA